ACUAUGCUAAAGGUUUUGCCCAUGGCUCGUAUUAAGCAGACUGCUUGUAAGUCCACUGGAGGAAAGGCUUCUAGGAAGCAGCUAGCCACCAAGGCUGCCCGUAAGUCUGCUCCCACAACUGGAGGAGUGAAGAAGCCUCACCGUUACCGCCCUGGAACUGUUGCUCUUCGUGUGAUCCGCAAGUACCAGAAGAGCACGGAGCUGCUCAUCAGGAAGCUUCCAUUCCAGAGGCUUGAUAGGGAGAUUGCCGAGGACUUCAAGACUGACCUCCGCUUCCAGAGCCAUGCGGUGCUGGCCCUUCAGGAGGCUGCAGAGGCCUACCUGGUGGGUCUCUUCGAGGAUCCGUGGCGAGAGAGCUUAAGAGCCUGUGAUGUUAUCAGAAUACUUGCUACUCUUAAUGGGUUUAUCCCACUUGAUGAUCUUAACCACCAAGAUCUCCGAGGCUCUUAUUUCUAG